AUGUCUGCCCGCUGGGGAGCUGGGGGGCGGGGGAUCCUGAGCGCCUCGGCCACUUUCCGGACUGCCGCGGCUCUGCCAUCUGUCACCCUGGCCCUUCUCUGCUUGGACGGUGUCUUCCUCUCCUCGGCCGAAAAUGACUUUGUCCACCGGGUCCAGGAGGAGCUGGAUCGCUUCCUGGUGCAGAAGCAGCUAUCCAAGGUCCUUCUUUUCCCGCCAGUCUCCAGCCGCCUGCGGUACCUGAUCCACAGAACAGCAGAAACUUUUGAUCUCUUGAGCAGCUUCUCUGUUGGGGAGGGCUGGAAGAGGAGGACAGUCGUCUGUCACUUGGACAUCAGGAUUCCCAAUUCAGAUGCCCCCUCUGGUCCCUGCCGCCCUCCUGCCUCCCAUCCCAGCAAGUACCGUGGUCCUCGGUACACCUCACAUCAGGGAGCAGCUGCUGGUCCCCGAGGUGCUCCUGCUGGCCGGUGGCAUCGUGGGCGUAAGCCAGAUCAACCUUUGUAUGUGCCCCGGGUUCGACGCAGGCAAGAUGAACCAGCAGCACCAUCCAUCCCAGGCCUCAAAGGAGAGGCCCCAGCUGGUGGAGUUUCAGAAGAGCUUAGAGGGGCUGGGGACCCGGAUGCUGAUCAGGGGGUUCCCAUGUUGGUGACUCAGGGAACAGAGUUCCCCAAGAGCCCAGAUUCAGGCUAUGCAAAUCAUUCACAGUUGGAGCUGGGUGACACUGAGCCCUCUGAGAAUCCUUCUGAGAAGGAACAAGGGGUGGAGACAGCCAUGCAGCAGGGGUCCAACCCACAGCUGGCUGUGGAGGAGGAAAAUAGGAGUCUGUUGGUGCAGAGCCUGGUGGACCAAGAGGAGGGAGAGGGAGAGGAGAAAGAGAAGGAGGGUAAGGAAGAUGAGGAUAUAGGCAAGCAGAAAGGGAAGGUGGCUGAGAAGGAAGAGGAGAUGGAUGAGCAGAAAGGGAAGAUGGAUAAGGAGGAAGAGAAGAUGGAUGAGCAGAAAGGGAAGGUGGAUGAGGAGGAAGAGAAGAUGGAUGAGCAGAAAGGGAAGGUGGAUGAGGAGGAAGAGAGGAUGGAUGAGCAGAAAGGGAAGAUGGAUAAGGAGGAAGAGAAGAUGGAUGAGCAGAAAGGGAAGGUGGAUGAGGAGGAAGAGAAGAUGGAUGAGCAGAAAGGGAAGGUGGAUGAGGAGGAAGAGAGGAUGGAUAAAGAAGAAAACGUGGAUGGGGAAGAAAAUGAAGAGGAUGAUGACACCAACCAUGACGAUUUCAGUGAGCUGCUGCAGGAGAUCACAGCCAACCUGACCAAAAAGGAGAUUGAGGUAGAGAAGAUCCACCUGGACACAUCCUCCUUCACAGAGGAGCUGCCCGGGGAGAGGGACCUGGCACACGUGGUGGAGAUCUAUGACUUCAAGCCAACACUCAAGACUGAGGACCUGCUGGCCACCUUCUCUGAGUUCCAAGAGAAGGGGUUCAAGAUCCAGUGGGUAGAUGACACUCAUGCCAUCGGCAUCUUUCCCUGCCAGGCCUCAGCCGCUGAGGCCAUGGCCAAGGAUUUCUCCAUGCUCAAGAUCCGGCCGCUCACACAGGGAACCAAGCUGUCCAAGCUCAAAGCCUUGCAGAGGCCAAAGCUCCUGCAGCUGGCGAAGGAGAGGCCACAGACAGAUUCAGCAGUGGCCCGCAGGCUGGUGGCCCGGGCCUUGGGGCUCCAACACAACAGAAAGAAAGAGCCGCCUGCUGCCCCAAGUCUCCUGCCAUCGUGAGGCACCAGACUUGGCUGUCCUGACUAGGCUGGACCCCAACACUACUCAUGCCUUUACAGACCGAAGGACAGCCUCUUGUCCCCACUAGAACUGCUGUGGGGCAUAGCAGGAUUUUGUUGAUCUGGUCCCAGAAAUUGAGAAGAAAUAAAAAUUUAAAGUUGUA